CAACGAUGCUCCUCCUUACACAACUCUCAAAUGUAAACAAAUUUUUGAGAUUGAGACUAUGUGACCUUUGACCUCGCUUAUAAACCGGAAAAAUGACCUUGUCUCGCCUAGUUGCGGGUGCCAGGUGGUGCCACUUGACCUUGUCCAACCUUCGAGUGGGCUUAAGGAACCAAAAUACCCUCAGAAGUAAGGAAAUAUGGCCGACUUCCCCCUCCACAACCCAGGCGAGAUUACAUGCAACGGAAACAAGGUCACUGAUCGAGCAGAGAUAUGUCGUGGAAAAGGACACACUCCUCUUCAGAAACGAGAACAGGAGGUUCUUCAAGCUUAUUAAUCUCUUCGCCAUGUCCCAGUUCUUCUUCUGGUCUUAUUUGAGUCACUUCGCUCUCACCAUGAUGAAGGACGUGGAGGUGCCGGCCAAGGUCAAGGACGACCCCAGUGUCCCCUGGUGGAGGAAGAUGAACCUGGGGAAGUAUCGCAAUGGCAUAACGGUUAGCUGCUUUAUGAUUGGCUGGGGCACAAUGGCUGUAGCAUGGAUGUACACCCUACGCAGCGUGCGAUACCUCGUGCUGAAGAAAGGCGGCAAGACCUUGGCCUUUGUCACCUUCACUCCCUUUGGCCGGAAUAGGACCCUCGCCGUCCCCUUGGAAAAGGUCAGAGCGUCUCGGCCAAAACAGACCCCAAAAACAGCCACCGUCCACCUGCCGCUCAAAGUGAAGGGCAAAUACUUCCAUUACAUUUUGGACAUGCGCGGCCAGUUCCCUAAUGCGAAACUGUUUGAUUACUCCGCCGGACUCAGGAGAAAUUGGGCGCAGUAGGGGAAACCGCGGAGCCAGUUCGUGACCUCUUUACCGAAGUCAUGUUGUAGUGACUUUUUUUUUAGAGCGGGUGUAUAUAACAAUAAUGAUGAUUGUUUUUGAUAUAUGAA